AUGCUCCAGGCCGGUUUCCAGGCAAAUUCGUCUGUUGAUGUUGCCGACUUCUUAGCUCAAAGAGCCGGCAGAGCAUCCAACAGAACGAUUGAUAGGCUCGUUAAGGCCUAUGGUCUCAUGAAUGUGACAAAAGAAUUCGGUACCGUGUCCUCCGAUGCAUAUGGAGAUCUGUUCGGUGUGGCUUCAUUCACCAUGGCGGAUGUCUUAUUCGAUGCGCCGAGAAGGCUGUGGGUCGAAUUGUGUGAUCGAUAUGGUUUGCCCGCCUACAGCUACCGCUUUAGUACUAUCUCUGCGAGUGUUUCACCGGACAAGCUCGUCAAGCCUGAGGAUAGGAAAAAAGGAUAUGGAAAUUUCUCUGAGCUGACGGCUCGUAUGUGGAUUAGUUUCGUAAAUACUUUGUCACCUAGCAUUAACGGAAUACUGGAUCUUUCGGAGUAG